AGCUGGUCAGUUAAAGAAAUAUAUUCAAGAUGAAAUCUUUAGUAUCUUUGGGUAUGCUGUUGUGUUUGGCUUUAAGCCAAGUUAGUGCCAGUUGCCCGGAAACCUGUCCCGAUACGGAGGAUGUCGUUUGGGCUGUUGGGCCCUUUUGCAGUGUCUUCCGCAAUCAAUGCUACUUUGAACAGGCAAAGUGCAAAAAUUCUGAGUUGACUGUUACAACACAGUUUGAUUGCCAGCAGAAUUGUGCGACUAUUUGUGCAGCUGUUUACCAACCCACAAGUGGAAUUUAUAAGGGGCAGGUCAGAAACUUCAGCAAUGAGUGCAAUAAGCAAGCCCACAGCUGUUUGACAGGAGAAAGUGGAAUUCGCAAGCGGGGAUCCCCUCCUACGUGGUUUACUAAGAAUUUAUUAUAGCGUUGACCAUUAAAAAAUGGGUGUGUGAUAAGCACUUCGCCAACGUUUGUCUACCAACCCACAAAUACUACUUAUAGGUGCAAGGUCCAAGAAACUUAGUAAUGAAUGUGAGAAGCGUGGUCACAGUUGUCUCACUGAAGAGAGCUAGUAUAACGAAGGCAUUUAUAUUCACCUAUAGCCUACUCGUAUAUUCAUUUUACAGCAUUUUAAGAAGCAAAAAUAUGUAAAUCAAAGCUUAAAACGUGAAUGAAAAUAAUUG